CCGCGAGAUCUCGACGCCAUAUUUGAUGUACUAGCCGAAAAGGAGGAGGGACCCAAAGAUGAGUUUCUUUGGAUUUGGCCAGAGUGCCGACAUCGACAUUGUCUUGGAUGGUCAAGAGUCACGAAAAACUGCAGAAAUCAAAACAGAAGAUGGUAAAAAAGAAAGACAUUAUUUGUAUUAUGAUGGGGAGACUGUAUCUGGUAAGGUGAAUGUUACCCUUAAGAAAGCCGGAAGCAAGUUGGAGCAUCAGGGUAUCAAAAUAGAGUUUAUUGGUCAGAUUGAGUUGUAUUAUGACCGAGGGAAUCACCACGAGUUUACAUCCCUAGUGAAGGAAUUGGCACGGCCAGGUGAUCUGACCAGUAGCACUACCUACCCUUUUGAAUUUUUACAAGUAGAAAAACCAUAUGAAUCUUACACUGGUGCUAAUGUAAGAUUACGGUACUUUCUACGAGUAACGAUAGUUAAAAGGUUAAGUGACACAGUAAAGGAACAGGACAUCAUAGUACACACAUUAUCACAGUACCCAGAGAUGAACAGCAGUAUAAAGAUGGAGGUCGGCAUUGAGGACUGCUUACAUAUAGAAUUUGAAUACAACAAAUCUAAGUAUCAUUUAAAAGAUGUAAUAGUUGGAAAGAUAUACUUCUUGCUAGUUCGAAUAAAAAUCAAGCACAUGGAAAUACAGAUUAUCAAGCGUGAAAGCACUGGCACAGGCCCAAACACAUACAAUGAAAAUGAAACUAUAGCCAAGUAUGAAAUCAUGGAUGGAGCCCCAGUGAAAGGAGAAUCUAUACCUAUUAGGCUGUUUCUGAGUGGAUACGAGUCAACUCCCACUAUGCGGGAUAUCAACAAGAAGUUCUCUGUACGGUACUAUCUAAACCUUGUGUUGGUUGACGAGGAAGAGAGACGGUACUUCAAACAACAGGAAAUCACAAUAUUUCGCCGAGCUGACAAGGGAAGGAAAGGUGCAAUGGGUUACCUACAACACAAGUCGAAUAAUGUUCCACCAGGCAUGACGCCCACAACUCAGACUGUGGUAGGUGAGGGCAAGGGGUCAGAAACCCCGCAGGAAUAACGCCCUUUUGUCCUCGCCCAAUCAUCUCAUUGUGUUUAGGACCUUGCCUGGCUGUAGCCAUUGAGAUAGUGUUGUGGCCUGUUUCAUCGUUGACUAGUUUAUGUCCAGUGACUGACCGGUGGUCAUUCGCCAUACCCAUGCCUCAAGGAACUCCUGCUAGUCUUGUCAGAAGGAAAGAGUCACUCUCUUAUGGUCAUCGUCAUCAGACUGUUAUUUCUUUAAUGAUAGCUUUGCAGUACAGAAUUUAGCUCCAACAUGGAAAAUGGAAAAAAAUGAAUAAAAAUCAUUGUCAAUCAAGUUUUUUUUAGAUCCAGUGAUAAAAAUCUGAAGAAAUCAUUACUAUAGAGGUUUGUUGAUAUUACAGAACCUGUUAAGAACACAAAGACUUUCAAUUUGUUUCUUUUGAAGAUUUCAUAUUUGCACAAUUAAGACUUAUCUAUUAUCUAUUAUGGUCACUCUGCAGCAGAAAUGACCAGCUACCGUAGAAAUAUUGGUCAAAAAUUCAUGUUUAUGAAAGUUUAAAUACAAUAAUAAUCAUAUGCUUCUUUUUUUUAAAAGUUCAUGAUUUUCAAUUGCAAAAAUGAAUUUAACCGUCUAUCUACCUUUUUAAUGAAAUUUGUUGAAGAGGGGAGAUAAUCCUGUGGAGGUGUGACUAUUAUCUAGUGGGAUGUUUUAAUUAACACUUAAUUAGGGUGUGGUCCUAGUCAUAGAUUGUUGUGUAGUGUCAGCCUCAGGUGUGCGAUUCAUAGGUACAGACACAACACAUUUUAAGGUUAUUGCUAGAAAGCUUGGGUUUCUCAAUUGUUCCGUAGCUUUAGAUACGAUGUUUCGAGACACCGAAGCCAGCAAAAUCGUCUAAUUAUAUAAAUUGUUAAUCUGUGCAACAUACAGUGAAAAUUGUAUUCUAAAUGAUUCUAUUCUCCAUGUAAACAUGAUCAUUACCACCUGAUGCAAUCAGGCUGGGAUUGUAGUUUGGGAAACUAGUAAAUGUUGAUACAAUAUUAAAUUCUAAAUACAACACUUUUUACUGUAUGUUGUUGAAAUGUAAAACACAAUCACACAUUAGGCUGUCCAUCCUUGUGAUAUAACAAUAACAAGUCAAAGUGCUAUGGUAACCACAGCUUGCUAUAUAAAUAUGAGUGUACAGAUGUAUUAUAUGUAGAUAUACUGUUUUUUUGAUAGAUAUGUUUUUCAAUCAUAUUUAAUAAUAUAUCUCUUCACCUAUAAAGUCCUUAACUUUAACUGUAUGCAACACUUUAGCACUGGUUGACAAACCACAAAAUUUGUAUGCCGACAUCCGUUAACAUGAAUGGUGGUGCCAUCAUCGACGACAUGUAAUGUUUGUGAUUUGCCAACCAGUGUUGCAGUCUUACAGUUAAUCUGAAAGGAUCUAUCAUUGACCAACUUGUUCUGAACAUAGAUUGAUUUUACACUGACAUAAUAUAUGUUCUUAUGAGAUAGUUAUCAUACUUAUCUGUUGAUAAGCCGAUGUCUGGUAAUAAGCCCACCCAUAUCGAUUGCAUUUUAGUAGAAAUGCAAAACUAAUUUUACUUGAGGAUUGUGUUAUUAACACCUAUCCUCCCCCUCUCCCUCCCUCCUGUGUUAAUAAGUGGAUAAAUCCAGUAUUGGGUAUUAAACAUGGUUCUACAAUAACGUUGUCAAUAUUGAUUUUGACACUGCCUAGUCCACAAUUAGCCUACCUAAAAAUGUUAACUUUGUGUGUAUGUUAUAUUUAUAAAUAAGUACAAGUGCAUUAUGGCUAUACAGUACAGGGGGAAAUGAACAAAAAUUAAUGAAAUUGUUAGGUCCAAUUACAUAAUGGUCUCAUCCCUAUCGACUUGAUAGGUAUGGAUUUAGAAUAAGAAAUCAGUUUUAAAAUUUUUAAGACCGUGUUAUGGGAACCAUAUUAUUUCCAUGAAAUAGAUAUAAAAAGACUUUUUCCUUCAACCUUUUUUUUUUAUAUUUCAGUGUCUUUCAUAUAUUUGAUGUGUUAGAGUCGGUCUCUAUUUCUGCUUAUUUCUAAAUUGAUCUUUUAUAGGGGCUGUCUAGAGUGUAAAAUUCAUGUUAGUAAAAUCAAUUUGCAACAGCUGUUAACUGAAUAAAUGCAGUAGAGAAUGGAUAAUUAUGUAAGGAAAUAUAAUUGAUUUGUUUGAAAGAAUGGUGAAUAGAUAUUUCCUGUGUGAUAUUAAUUCUCCUUUUUGUAAGUUAAAAUGUACCCCCUAGAAAACCUCUGUUUACAAGUUCAAUGUCUAUGAAUACCAUGUGUAUAUGUCAUAAUGUGAUUGUGCAAUACAUUAGUGUUUAAUUAACAGUGAAGACUUCCUAUAAUUUAUACAUAAUUUAUAUUUUGUUGAUAGAUUUUCCUUUCCAAGGCAAAAUUUUCAAAAAUGAUUAUAGAAUUUCCAUACCUUUGCCUGUGUCAUCACACUUCAUAACUUUAAAUAUGUAGAUGUUUUUAAGAUUUCAUGUCUCAGUGUGAACGAUUUAGUACGGCAAGGGGCAAUUGGGAGGGCAGAGCAUAAAACUGGUCUGAAUGCUUCUGGUUUUACCAUAACCCUCUGUUGUUUGUGUUGCUUAGAAAGCUCAACAAAUUGAGAGGAUAUAAUAAAUGAUCGCUCCAUAACUUGUUAUAGAAAGAAAUAGCUUUUAGAUGUUUACAGUGGCGGUAAACAUCAUUUUAUUACUGUAUGAAUGUUUACAUAUUCAAGGCCAGUAAUGGCUGUUGUGAGGAUGUAUGAGAUUUUGUUCUCAUAUCAAUAAAUUAUCCAGUACAUGUACGUGACAUUAUUACACUGAUGUUGUGAUCCAUACAUUUGCUGUAUAAAUCUCAAUUAACUAAAUCUGCCAAGUUUAGGAAGAGAGUAUCUAUUUGGAUGGCAGUAUGCUGCAAAAUGGGUUUUUAUACCUUUUGUAUAUGCAGAUCUAGAGUAAAAGCUGUAUAAUCACAAAAUUGAUCAGGGCCUUCAAAUACUGUUGUUUAAAUAUGUUUUGGCUUAUAUCCAUAAUGUUUAAAUCUGCCUUGGCUUAUAUUCAUCAUGUUUAAAAUUGUCUUGGCUUAUAUUCACAAUGUUUAAAUUUUUCUGGGCUUAUAUUCAUAAUGUUUAAAAUCUGUCUGGGUUUAUAUUCAUAAUGUUUAAAAUUGUCUGGCAUAUAUUCAUAAUGUUAAAAUUUUUCUGGGCAUAUAUUCAUAAUGUUAAAAUCUGUCUGGGCUUAUGUUCACAAUGUUUAAAACUGUCUGGGCUUAUAUUCACAAUGUUUUAAACUGUCUGAGCUUAUAUCCACAAUGUUUAAAAUUGUGUGAGCUUAUAUUCAUAAUGUUUAAAAUUGUCUGGGUUUAUAUUCACAAUGUUUAAAAUCUGUCUUGGCUUAUAUUCACAGUUUGUCUGGUCUUAUAUCAUACACUCUACAGUUACGACUGUUUGCUCCGAGUAUUCCUGGGAUUGACAAGGAAAUUUUAUCAUAUGCUUCACUCUAUACAGAGUUGUGGCCCUUUGUUCAUUUCUGAUAUACCAAAGUUUGGCAGAAAAUGGAGAAUCAGUAGGUAAUUACAGAAGGUUAGGUUGGACAUUCUUGAUGUUAUUUGUGUGAAUGUAUAUUGUCGUGGGUUCCUGUUACAUUUUAAUAUAAGAACCUAAAAUGUAUAACCUGCCAAAUAUGCUAUUUUGGUUGUUUAUAAUUGAUAGGCUGCUUCUAAAUGUAAAAGAAUCCUAUGAUUCAUUUGUAAAUAAAUAUUUGUUUGAUGUAAUUUAUACUGUAGUCUUCUGAGCUAUUACAACUGUGGCUGAAACCAGAAACUUCCACAAGUGAUUUAACCAAUGUAUAAAAUAUGAACUCUUUAACCUUUGACCUAUUGGCUCUAGCCAAUCAGGGAUCAUUAAUGUGUGUACAUGGAUGCUGAUUGAUAGAUAUGUUUGCCAGUGCUGUAUGAAAUUUGCUCAUGGUAGAUGAUUCCUGUAGCUUUCCAUCAUUAGUCUACUCUAGCUGUGAGGUUCUUGAUUCACUUUUAAAAUGCUACAAAAUAAAAAUGUAAAUAUGUAUCUUUAUUUUUCCCUCUUCUAAUAUUUAAGCGAAAAAUCUUUUAGUAAUGAUAGGUAGUAUGAAGCAGGCUGGUAGCAUUAUAAGAGUGUGAGAGUGGAUUAGUGAGAAUAAGAUGUUUACCAGGCUGUGUACGAUAGCCAAGGUGAGAAUGAGUAGUUUACACUUGUAUUUUAUUGCUGUAAAUGUGUUAGCAAUAAUCCAGAGUUGAUAUGUGAUGAACUCAUAGUAAUAGAUGUCACCUCUACUUCAGAUUGUUUACUCUUGUAUUGUUUGUGUCACAUUGUUUUGUGUAUGAGUACAUAUUAUAUACGUAGGUGUAUUAUAUUGUUCUCCGACUACUCAUUAAUUGAUUCAUUGUUUAGUGAAGACACUUAAAUUCCAAAGCUUUUUCAGUGUUAUUUAUCACUGUAUUUGGGUACAAUUCUGGCUGCUUCUGCUGAUCACAAAUAUUAUCUAUAUGAUCAUGGUGAUGUAUUUGGGUUUAAAACUUCUAAAGUUUUUCAACAUUUACAUUAGCAUCUCACUAGUGUAGAAUUUAGUGAUUUGGAUGCUGAAACUACAUCAAGGAACUGCAACACUUUUGUCUGAUAUUUCCAUUAAAAUAGUAAAAGUUGUUGCUGGGGAAAUAUCGAGAGCAAUGACACAUCUAUUGCUAAAAUUUAGGAAGUACAGAAGUGUGAUCUGUCGCCCAUAAUGUUUACAUAAGAAAAUUACUUGAAAAUUACAAAAUAAAACCACUUAAAUCAAGAAAAUGAAAUUACAAAAUGUAUUUUAAAAUGUAGUAACUCCAGUUUUGAAAAACCAGAAUAUAUGUUGAGACUUGUGUCUGGUGUGUGUGAUGACGGAUGUGUAUGUUUAGUAGUUGCCUACUACUAUUGAUUUAUUAUGUUAGUAUAUCAAGAGAAAUUGUACUCUUCAGUUUGUGAUAAAGGUUUGCAACAUAACAAAAUAAAUGAAAACAUAAAAUUAA